AUGCGCAUACACCUUCCUCUCCACCCGGCCCAUUUUGGCAAGGACGCAGCUGCGGGCGGGUCGGGCCCGUUUGCUCGUAUCGGCGGCGAACUGGUCGUUAUCGAGCUGCAAGGCGAGCUCACGUGGGAGGGCGACAAUGCCAACGGCGUGGUUGGCGUGCUGGGUCUCGACCGUCCUGACAAGCCCACACUCCACAUUGGCGAACACCACCUCCUCCACGGCAAAAUGUCCACCUUGCCCAAACCGUAUGCGGUGAUUCGCAAGGCCCAAGCGCCGUCGACGUCGACGACGCUCGACAUCGGCCUCAACCCGCACGCACUGGAGGGCGACGCCGAGGACGAAGAGUCGGACGAGGAACGCGAGCGCGAGGAGGCCGCGCGCGCGACGCCCAACAAGCACAAAAAGGCCAAGACGGACAAGAACGACGACAAGAACAAGAACAAAAACGACGACGAGGAAGAAGAAGAGGACGACGGACCGCUGUUCCCGCCCUCGGAGAUGCUCAUGAUGACCCCGCAGACCAAGAAUGCGGGCCUGCCACCGUCCAGCUCUCCGUUUAGCGAGUUUGCGACUCCGGCAAGGGACUAUAGCUCGGACCUGAGCUCGCCCGUGACGGGCAUGGACGCGUGGGGGUUUCCACGCAAGCGCGGCGCGGACAAUGACGAGAAUGAGGAGGACAACGACGACGACGAUAGGGGGCCGGAGACACAAGCGAGGGACCGGGAGAGGGAGAGGCGGAGGGCGGAGAGGAGGCAGAAGCGAAAGGCCGAGCAGCCAGAGCGCGCACGCCACUACGAGGUGGUCGGCGUGGUGCGUAAAAAGGUUGUGUUUGCGUUACGACCCGAGCCGCUCGUUCAGGCUACCAAGCUGCCCGAGUAA